AAAAUGUGUUGACAAUAGUUACACUUAACCACUUUACACUCAAAAACAGACCCUGCCUGAGAACGUCACGACAACUACAAAGUGUGUUUAUUCAGCCUGACUUUUGUGUUUGUUCUCAGGCUAAUUUUAGAAGACUCUGGUAGGGGCCGGGGUGUAUCUCUGAUCACAGGAAGGAAGUCCCCAUUAAAACACACUGAGCACAGUAUAGGCAGCUUUCUUUUUAGAUCUGCAACCGGCCAAUAAUUUCCAAACCAACGCAUCAUGUGCUGAGAGAAGCUUUGCUGCCAAACGCAGUGAUGUGAUGGAAAAGAAAACUGGCAUAAUUUCAGUGUAAAGAUUAACCAGAGGGACCGGAUGAAUGUGCUUGUGUCGUGAGCCCAAAAAAAGGACAAAGCAAACCAGGACAGCAAAAAGAUGAGUUAACUUUCAUUGAAAUGACUGGUUAACAUCUUGAAGCAAAGUAAAUAUUACAUUAAUGAUCUAAUGUAUAAUAUAAUGGUAUCUUGGAAAACUAGCAAUUGAAAACAUCUAUUGUGAAUUUCAAAAUAAAGCUGACUAACACUACAUUCACCCUUCAAUGACUGCAAAAUCACAUCAAAAGGUAAACCACAACAAAAUACUCAUCACCAAGGUAAUCAGGGGGAUUUGUUUUGGAUCACAGCUGUGAAUUAACCAUUAAGCAGUGUGUCCCCCUCCUCAGUGAGUCAGAGGGCAGUGACUGACGUAGGCAGCAGAGAAUUCAUGUUCAAGUCUGGACAGGAAACAUGCUCACUGCAGCGUACAAACAGAAGAGCGCCCCACAUACAGUACACUAACGGGAAGCGAGGCUUGAGCACACAUCGUUAUCAGUUCUACUUUUCAGUACAGAAAUGCAAAACAGCAAAUUUCACCGAUGGAGAACUCUUACUGAACAGAAGCAACACCAAGAGGGCUGAAGAAAACGUUUAAACUCUGGGAUAGAGACUGCAGAGUGACAUGGCUGACCUUGUAACGGGACUACUUGUUUGUUUGAUGGCAGUGCAGACCAUUCAGCAUGAAGGAAACAAAACCAGGAAUGUAUCGAAUGAAAGUGGUGUUGCGAUACCGAAAACCUUUAAGGCAGCGCUGUACAAACCGAAUGGCACCAGGCUGCUGCACUACCCCAGCUCAGACCCCUGGCUGCAGAUGAGCCCGGAGGACGCAGUGACAGCCUACACCACGGGGGUCCUCAGCACCAGGGUCAUCCCCUCAUCAUACAUCCUGGCCAUGCUGGUGGGCAUCCCCUCCAACGCCUACAUCCUGGCCUUCCUCAGACUCAAAGCAAAGCCUUUCUCCACCAUAGUUCUUUACCUGAACCUGGCUCUCUCCGACCUGCUGCUGCUGCUCUCCCUGGCGCUGCGUGUUCACUACCACUUCAACGGGAACAAUUGGAUAUUUGGGGAAAUCUCCUGCCGGCUUAUCACAGCCUUGUUUUAUGGCAAUGUUUACAGUUCAGCCCAAACUAUAGCAUGCAUCAGUGUAAAGCGCUACCUGGCUGUGGUCCGGCCGUUCCUGUACAGAAGGCUGGCUAAGUCUACGCUGGCAGUGUGGUCGUGCUUGGUGGUCUGGUUCCUGUACGGUGUGGCUAUUGUGCCUGAGCUCCUGGUCAGGCAGAGCUACCAGCUCACCCACCUGGGAAUCACCACCUGCCAUGAUGUCCUGCCCCUGGAUGAAAAAUCCCAUUCCCCAUUGGUGCCAUACAGGAUGAUGCUGGUUUGCCUGGGCUUCAUAGUGCCAUUCCUGAUUUGUAUCUAUUCGCAUGUAGCAGUGGUAUACCAUCUAGGACAAUCCUGUUGCGACUGGAAACCGUUUAUCAGGGUCAGCACUCUGGUUUUCAUCAUCUUUGUCGUGUGUUUCUUGCCAAGCGGCAUCCUGCAUAUCGCCCACUACAUCCGUCUGUUUACCAGUGGGGACGACAGACUGUAUGGAUAUUACAGAGUAGCGGUGUGUCUCUGCUGCUUCCACAGCUGUCUGGAUCCCUUCCUGUGUAUGCUCCUUUCCAAGAUGGCUGCCUCAGAACUACAAUUUGUUUCUCUCCGCGGGAUACAAAAGAGGCCUACUUCUAUGACGUGAGACUGGAUGUUUGUGCACAGAAACAGCUUCUCCAUAAUGGACCAUUGUUGAGAAUCAGCAGGGAAGCUCAAGCCCGACAAACAAGAUCAGGAAUGUAAAAACUGAACUCUGUGGAUUCAACAGGGUGAUAAUGCAGUCUCUGUUCGACACAAAACAGCAACAUCCUCUGUGAAGAUUAUUUAAAAAAUAUAAGGAUCAAGAAGGGAAGAUUUAGACUCUGAAUCAUACUAUCAUUGGGAAACUGUUUGCUUGAUGGUACAGAAACAUUGGAAUAACAAUUUGCUGUGGUCAUCAUUAAAUGUAUAUAAAAACAAAUUAUUUUCAAAAAAUGAGACUUGUAUUUUCAGUCUUAAAUUACGGGAUGAGAAAGUUCUGUGAAAAUUCAAUAAAAGUAGUUUUUACAUUGAGAUAAAGUGACAUGCGGUGACUACACUGGUUCAUCCAGCCAUUAAUUUCUUUGUGUUGCACUUUAAGGACGUGAGAGGCAGGAAAUAGUGUAAAAGAAAACCAUUUUUACAUAAAAACAUUAAAUGUUAACUCAAUUUCA